GAGGCACCGAGGUUUGCUGCUUUGAUUUCUUAGAAACUGACGUCAGAUCUGUGACCGGAAACGGAAACGGAAACGGACGACUCGUUUCAGGCGCGGGUUAUCCAAGCCUUUGGCGCCACAGACACAACUCAGAAGCUACCGUCAGCGAAAGUCGACAGGAUUACUUGUCAAACAUUUUCUAAAGUAAAUUUCUAGUUUACCGCUAAAUCACCUUUUUUUUUUCUGGAGCCAUGGCAAACCUCUCAGAAGGCGCGAUAGAGGCCUUGGCUAAUGGCAGCGGCUGGAAUGACGCAGUUCUGCAGUUGGUGAACAUUCGCAAGAUAGAAGGAGGAAAUGGGCCAGCUCGCUUUCGCGUGAUGAUGAGCGAUGGACGUCACACUCUGUCUUCUUUCAUGCUUUCCACCCAGCUGAACUACAUGGCUGAGGACAACAUACUUGUCCCAAACACUGUCUGCAAUCUCAAGAGACAUGUGACCAACAUACUGAAAGAUGGACGACGAGUUGUAAUCAUUUUGGAAAUCGAUGUCCUCAAACCUGCUGAAGAGGUUGCUGGUAGAAUAGGAGAACCUACUCCGUACAUUGACAGUCAGAAUAAAGGCGUCCAGCAAGCUCCAGCUCCCGUCCCUGAAAGCAGACCACCUCUGCAGCAGCAAAACAGAAAUGAAGUAAGCAGAGGUUACAACAAAGAUUUGGUGAAGAAGGCUCCACCUGCUAUGCCCGAUACUCCAGGCGGGAGCUCCAAAGUCGUGCCUAUUGUCAGCCUCAACCCUUACCAGUCCAAGUGGACAGUCCGUGCCCGUGUAACCAACAAGAGCAACAUUCGCUCGUGGAGCAACUCCCGGGGUGAAGGCAAACUCUUCUCCAUGGAGAUUGUGGAUGGGAGUGGAGAAAUCCGUGUCACUGGUUUUAACAAAGAAGUGGACAAAUUCUACUCUCUACUUGAAGUUGGAAAGGUCUACUACAUCUCCAAAGGUUCCCUGAAAAUUGCCAACAAGCAGUACACAUCAGUGAAGAAUGACUAUGAGAUGACACUCAACGGGGAGUCUACCAUCAUCCCCUGUGAGGACAGCUGUGACGUUCCCAUGGUGCAGUGUGACUUUGUCUCUAUUGGCGACUUGGAGAACAAAGGCAAAGAUUCCAUUGUCGAUGUGAUCGGAGUGUGCAAGAGUGUGGACGAGAUGACCCGCAUCACAACGAAGAAUAAUCGCGAAGUAUCUAAGAGGACAAUAACUCUGAUGGACAUGUCCGGGAAGAUGGUGAUGCUCACACUGUGGGGAGAGGAGGCAGAAAACUUUGACGGUUCUGCACAGCCAAUUGUUGCCAUUAAGGGUGCAAAAGUCUCAGAGUUUGGAGGCCGGUCGCUUUCUACAUCCUUCAACAGCACCCUGUUGGUCAACCCAGAUAUCCCCGAGGCGUACAAGCUCAGAGGCUGGUAUGACAAGGAUGGCCACACUAUUGUUGGGCAUUCUCUGACAGAGAGAGGUGGCGGCAUGAGCAUGCAGUUCACCUGGAAGACUUUGUCUGACGUUAAGACCGAGCAUCUGGGACAUGGAGAAAAGGCUGACUACUUCAGCUGCGUAGCCACAAUAGUAUAUAUCCGGAAGGAGAAUUGCCUUUAUCAGGCCUGUCCAAGCCAAGAAUGCAACAAAAAAGUGAUUGACCUGCAAAAUGGCAUGUUCCGCUGUGAGAAGUGUGAUAAAGAGUUUCCCAACUUCAAAUACCGCCUCAUCCUAUCUGCCAACAUGGCGGAUUAUAUGGACAACCAGUGGGUGACUUGCUUCCAGGAGAGCGCAGAGACCAUUCUGGGCCAGAAUGCAGCUUACCUGGGGCAGCUCAAGGACUCGAAUGAAGCUGCGUUUGAUGAAAUCUUCCAGCGUGCAAACUUCAAAAGUUACGUCUUCCAAAACAGAGUGAAGCUGGAAACGUAUAAUGAUGAAUCGAGGAUUAAGGUCACAGUGAUGACUGUGAUACCUGUCGAUCACGUGGAGUACAGCAAGAGGCUGAUAGUGAACAUACGGAACAUGGCUGGAAAGUAAACCUAUGUAAAGUUGUGGAUUUUUCUUUGGUUUUUGUACAGGAGCAGUUAUUAAACUUUCCCGAAGCAUUUUUGUGUUUAGUUUAUAUUUUAUUUUCCCAAAUGAAUCUAGUCGGAGCGCCUUAACUCUUCUCUUUGUGAAAUGAUGUAUUGUGGUGUUUUUUUGUUUUGUUUUUUCCUUUAGAGAACAAAUGUUUUUUUUUUUUGCUUUGUCCUCCUUUUUUUUCUUUUUUGUUCGUUUGAGGAAGCAGAGCAGAGAGUGGGUCAGUAAGCCAGAAAAGUAAUCAUCACUGUGUGUGUGCUUUAAGUUUGCCGAUUUUUGGUUGCAUAUACUUGUGGUCUUGUGGGGGUAGUGGGUGGUUGCCUUUAAGCAGAAGACCAACACUCUUUUUCACCCUCUGACGCUUUUUUAAAAUGCUUGGGCUGGACCUGCACAUCCCUGAUAAGAACCAUUAUGCUCCCACUUUUUUCUUUUUUCUUUUUUUUUUUCUUUUUUUGGUGCCUACUCUUGACAUACUUGUAAGCAUUCAAUGCAGACCUAAUGGAAAAUGUAUAAUCUAUUAGAGUAGAUGUCUUGUUCUUUUGUUUGUGACAGUUGUAAAAAUAAAAGAAAUAAAGUAAGCAGGUUUUGUUGUUUAUCUGAUUAAUGUGACUAGUUUACACGUGUUCAUGUUUGUUCAGAAUGACACAAACAUCCUGUUUCUCCUCAAGUUUUGCUCAGAUGUGCAACCCCUUGACUUUUUUGUGUUAAUGCAGAACACCAGCAAAGCUGCACCUUCCCAGUGUUCUUGUGAUAAGGUUUUUUGUCUGUUGUGCGCUGUAUCUGCCACACGCAGCGUGCUGAAAUAGAUUAAACCUGUCUUAAAACCUCCCGGUUCUUUUCUUUUUACUUUGGUGUGAGCCAAAUUUGGAGGUAUUGAUUUAGCUCCUUCAGUGUGUAUGUCUGUGCUUUUUUAUUUUUUUUUGUAUUUUUUUAUUAUUAUUUUUUGCUUCUCAAUGGCUUCUUGGGUGUUCUGUUCUAUAACAGCUCUGUUACAUCAUGGGGUCAAGUUAAACUUUGACUCUCUUUUAACCCAGUGCCUCAGACUGUAAUAAAGAACAGAUGGUCUGAGCUCACAUGAUCACUCCUUAGCCAAAGGAGCUGAUGUCUUAUCAGUGGCAAUGUUUUUGCUCAUGUCUGUGUGGGUGUAUGAACAUCCUCAAUUCUAAUAAAUACACCACAGACGAUA